AGGAAAUAAGAUCAAUUUCGAUAUUUUCUAAAUUCUCUAUAUCCUACGCGAAUUCCCCCCUGCGUUGGCUCCUUUCCAUAUUAUUAACAACUCUACAUUGCUUAGAAGUCUACUGGGAUCAUAACUCUUCUUCCCGUUCCCAAGAAAACAAAUUCCUCUCCUUUUCUCGUUCAUCCAUUCUCAUCUUCAAGUCAGACCGGUGUUCUUACUCAUAAAGAUUAAAGAAGAUUUGUGAUUCUGGUGUUUUGCCAGUUUUGGGAUGCAUAGGAGAAUAUUCUUGAACCUGUUUCACAAACACUGGGGAAGCAUCUUCAAUCCCUGAUCGAAGGAGCGUCUGGUUCUCAUAUGAUUUGAAGAGGUCUAAGAAAAGGGGUUUAAGAAGAGGGGUUUAGUAAGUUUAUUGCUGAAGGGGUUUCCGACCCGUUGGGGGUUUUCAAAAUUUCAAACGGAUUCAGUAUGAAGUCGAGUAACAGAGCUUUGAAUGGGAAUUCUGGAAAAUGUGAUUUACGUUCGGUGCGAAAGGUUAAGAUCAUGUACGAUGAUCCUGAUGCCACAGAUUCUGACGAGGAAGAUGACAAUUUAUACACCCAGAGGCGGAUUAAGCGCGUAGUCAAGGAAGUGAUCAUUCCGAUCGCCCCUCUUCAUAAAAAAUCAGUUAAAGGACGGCCUUUUCCGAAAGGCGUCCGGCGGAGGCCGUGGGGGAGGUUUGCGGCGGAGAUUAGAGACCCCAUUAAGGGGAAGAGAGAAUGGCUGGGCACUUUCGUCAGCGCCGAAGAAGCUGCCAUUGCUUACGCCACCCGCAAGGUUGAAAUCGAAAGACUUCUCAGUUCAGGAAAGUGCAAAGAUUCCACCUUUUCAACCUCCCCGUCCUCUGUCCUAGACCCAUCCCUGCCCCCGCCUCCGCCGCAACUGCAGGCGGCGCCCAAUGGCCAAGAGAUUGAUGACCCAAUGCCAGGGACUGGAAUGAUUGGCGUGAGCGAAGAACUGACCAUUCUUGAGGACUUGGAGGAAAAAGCCAGGAACUGGAAUGACUUGAGCAGCUUAGGAUUCGAGGAGGUUUCAGGGGAAGCGGCGUAUCAGAGCUGCAUCAGUGAAGAACAGGCGGCGGUUCAUAUGAAGUUUGAUGAUUUCAGCCAUUGUUUCACUAAUUUAAAGUCUGGGGAGAAGCUUGGUUCCAGUAGCAGUGAUGGGUUUUUGGAUGAGAUGAUCAUAGACUUAGAGGAUUGUUUUUUGCCGCAGCCAGAUUUUAACGACAGAAUGGCAGAGCUCAACACAGAAGAUCGGGAAUGGCUGGAUGAGGUAAUCAUAACGUCGGACUAACCAUUCUUUUUUUUUAUUUUUUUUUAUUUUGCAGUAGCUCAAGCUCAAGCUAAGCCACCGUCAUCAUCGUCUAAAGUGUAUAAUAAUAACGAUUAUAUGAUGAGUAUUACUUGGAUUUUUUUCUUUUUCAUUUGUUGAACCUUUUCUCCGUUAUCAAAAUCUAUUAGGAAUGAUUUUUUAAUGAAAUGUUUCUUCUUGUACACUCCCGUGUCUUGUACACUCAGGUGUACGCGUUCAAAAUUGUUUGUGCACACAGCAACCUUUCAAAAUUUUGCAUUUGCAUGAAUU